AGACCUACAAACUUUAGAAAGGGAUCCCCUUAACGUUCUAAAAACACAGAUACAUUGUGAAAAUCAGUCGAACAAGUUGUAGCAUUUACAAUCGUCCUAACAAGUUGUAGCAUUAUAGGCCACAACGUUUUCCAGAUUGCAAGUUCAGAUAUUUGAUUUCUUUCGAAAUUGUUGUAUCCAAUUUUAACGCAUUGUGACUACGUGACGCUUUUCUUAGUUGCUAAGGGCGUUUUCGAGUAUAAACAAGGCGAAAGUGCCUGACGAAGAGUCACCAUCCAAUUAAAUUCGUUCAUUUCUGUUUUUGCUUGCGACUUCUUGUUCACGGCCAUUAUUUCUGCCGUCUUGGAAACUUAUUUUUCCCGGAACGUGCCAUCAAAAUGGUCAAACCUCUCUUUAAAGUGUGUGUGUUGCUGUUUGCUUUCAUCUUAAAUGUUGGUGCAUUGUCUCAUUCCGAAGACAAUAUAUUGUACUUUUUUCCUCAAGCGAAGAGAGAUGGACUGAACAUAAUAUGGGCACAUGACUUAAAUAGUCAAACGAAAUUAACACAAGCACUUGAGGGUUCGGCUAUGAUGUUGGAGGCCGACGUAAGCCUUCGUGAUAGGGGUAAGCCGAACCAAGUACCUAUCAUGUCACCGAAUUCAAUGACCCCGAGUGACAUCACCUUAGAACAAUGGAUUGAUAUGGUAACCCGGUACACAAACAAAGGAAUCAAAUUGGACUUCAAGGAUGUACAGGCCGUCCAACCUGCCCUUGACAUCCUACUGUUAAAGGAGGCUCAGUUGAGAGUUCCACUGUUCUUCCAUGCCGACAUAAUCGCUGGUCCAAACGGUCAGAACUCCGUCGACCUUAUCCAGCCGACAGAGUUCAUUGCCAUAGUCAAUACCAUGUUUCCUAACGCGACCUUUUCCCUGGGGUUUGUCUCUUCGGCGUCGUCAGGGCUCAACCAACAAGAUCGCUACACCUGGACUAUGAUCUUUGACAUGCUCGACACCAGCUCAACCGUCACAACGCACCCGAUAACUUUUAAUUUCCGCGCUGUGUGGGCGAACAAAUCGUGGCAGAAGUUCGUCUGGCUUCUUGGGUUGACCAAUCGUUUCUCUGUGACCAUCUGGUCAAAAGCCACAGAUCCUUUGAACACUUUUACAGGUCUAGAGGAGCUCCGCAAUAAUGGUGAUAAACGGCGCAUUUUCUAUGACCUAGCCCCUCAACACUUAGCUAGGUUCAAGACCGAUUUAUCUUUUGUGACGCCAACCACUGCUGCGCCUAAUGUCUGGAAUAGGAACCUCUGGGAGGGAAACGCUAAUGCUUUAACUAGUGGUUAUAUAUACUUAAGCGCAGAGGGGGCUGCAAUCGUAGGGGAUAGUUACCCAGGGUAUAUUCAAACUAUUGAUAUGUGGAAACCAUCGAAAGAUGGAUUGAACCCAUUGAUUGUCAGAGGGCAAAUUCAGUUUGUCAAUCGUAAUAUGCAGAAGGCACCCGGACCCGCCAGCACAGAGAUCAUAAUCCGUGCAUCUCCUAUGUCAGAGGGACCUGUGAUUGUACCAAUCAAAGGGAUUAAGUGUGCAAUAGAAGACACCGGGCGUAUUUACGUUCAAGAUUUGAUGUCGCACUAUGAUUCAUUAGAUAAAAUGAUUACACCAGCAGACUGUUACUCGUUUGAAAUUCUUGACAACGGACAAGAGGUGACGUUCAACGUCAAAGUUGUGCAGUGCAGCGACUCAGACCUCAGACCCACCUACAUCGACAGUGUCUCCAUCGUAUUCGAGAACGUCACACACAUUGAAGUCGAAGACUCACUUGUUCAGUUCACAAAAUCCGGUGACAUGAAGAACGUUGUCCUGGAAGAUGUCAGUGUGCAAGGAAAGAAAUUCAAUAGGAAGAGGGGAAAUCAACCACCGAAUAAUUUGGGAAAUGAUAAUAGACCUCUCAUCUUGACAACUUUCCUAUCUGUAGUUUCCCUCAUUCUUCUUAAAAUAUUUACAUAAGUUAACGUAUGUUUAAUGUUAUUUUUUGUUUACAGUGGUUUUGUUUUUGACAAUGCAAACUAAUCUGUUUGUCGCUGUGCAUGCUGGGUAAUUGCAUUAACUGUCUACCAUAUUUCUUCGUCUUGAAUGUAGAUUAUUUUAAAUAAUAAAACUAUGAGAAAAUAAACUGUAAUCAGAAUUUGGAAACUGAAAUUUUUACUGUAGAUUUUACAUCACGAUUUUAAAGAUAAUAAUAUAAUUUUAAUUUCAAGACUGAAUCCAUUCUUGAUAUUCAUAUAGUGGUUAUAAUAAUUAUGUAAGGAUACUUUGUAACGAUAAGAACCGGUGAGUGAUAGACUUAGCUUCGAAUCUUUAGUGGAAAUCGAUUAAGGGAGAUCGUUGCUUAUCGACAUUAUCCUUGAUUUAGGUUGAAAUUAUACGAAAGUGUAGCAAUUUAAGUAAUUUGACAGUGUUAGGCCUAUGAUUGUAUUAUAUCUUACGUAAAACAUUUAUUCCCAGAUUAUUUGUUGUUUAUAGCUGAACGGGAAUACAAGAAUAUAAACCAAUAAAAGAAAAAUUAUAUAUUUUCUUAUUGUGUAAUUAAAUACAGCAUCAAAACAGUCACAUUAUAUAUCCACGUUUCCCAAAUUAUGGUCGCGACCCAAUAAUGAGUCGCCAACAUGUUGCAUUGGGUCGCGAGUACCGUAGGUUUGCAAAAAUAAAAUCAAUUCAUGUG